ACGUUCCUUCCUUUCUUAGCCAACGUCGGGCGGAGACGGAGGUUCGGUCUCGUAUCAUCCGAAACACAACCAGCUAUCUCUAUCUCUAUCUCUAUCUAUAACGAAACGAAAAAAAGACAUCGAUCGAAGGUGUUCAACGAAGGGUCGUCUUUCUUCUUCAUCGCCACCAAGAAGAUCGAAGGUUGAGCAUAUACAAACGGCGUGCAAAAAACAAGGGAAUUUCUGGUUGAUUUUAGACAGUGGAUGCGUACACCAUAAUAUAUGGAAAAAUCUGAAGGAAGGGUUUCAUAUUCCUCACUGUCUAAAGUAGAAAAGGAGAACACCAACUUCCACUAUAUUGAUGACUAUGGUGAUUCUGGUUGGGUUUUGCCGGAGGACAAGAGUACUUGUUCCUCAGGCUCAAGGUCUUUGGGACAAGAAUAUCCUCACCAAUACCCCCUUGAAUCUGAAGAAUUUCUUGAGGGAGGAUACGAUUCUGGUGAAGAUCAUUAUAGUUAUUCUGGGAAACAAAAUAUGCCUCCGGAAGUGAACUUGAAAAAUGUCUUGACCGGAAUUGUUGCAAUUGUGACUGGCCGUAAUAAAGAUUCAGGUCUUGAUGCAGUUCAGCAAUUCGCCAGUUCAAAUGUUUCAUUUCUUGGCUCAGCCAAGAAUGGAGAAACUUUCUUGCAUUCUUCAGUGUAUAUACCGAGUGCUCCACCCCUUCUUGAGCCGAAUGGGAUUAACUAUAGUGCUUACAAAGAUGUGUUGGAAGCUGAACCCCCUGAGUGGCUUCCAGACAGUUCUACUACAGUUUGCAUGCAGUGCACUGCUCCUUUCACUGCCUUUACUCGCGGCAGACAUCAUUGUCGAUUUUGUGGAGGGAUAUUUUGUCGGAUAUGCUCAAAAGGGAGGUGCUUGUUACCUGUUAAGUUCCGAGAGAGGAAUCCACAGAGGGUUUGUGACACCUGCUACGAUAGGCUUGAUCCUUUACAAGGUGUACUCAUCAACACCAUCAGCAAUGCUGUGCAGGUUGCAAAGCAUGAUGUGAUGGAUUGGACCAGCGCCAGAUGUUGGCUGAACCUACCAGUGGGUCUGUCCAUGGAACAUGAAAUAUAUAAAUCUUGUAAUACCUUGAGGAGUUACUGUCAGGUUGCGAGAUUGAACCCUGAGAGAUCCAUACCCCCUACAGUUCUAAAAGGAGCAAAAGGUUUGGCUAUUUUAACAGUUGCUAAAGCAGGAAUGGUAGUUGCCUACAAACUGGGCUCUGGUCUGGUUGUUGCGCGGAGGUCAGAUGGAUCAUGGUCUGCCCCAUCUGCUAUAGUUUCUGUCGGUUUAGGAUGGGGUGCUCAGGUUGGUGGGGAGAUGAUGGACUUCAUAAUUGUGCUCCAUGAUUCUAGGGCUGUAAAAACAUUUUGUAGUCGCAUGCAUUUUUCUAUUGGGGCUGGUUGUAGUGCUGCAGCUGGACCUGUGGGAAGAGUUCUGGAAGCAGAUUUACGGGCUGGAGAUAGAGGUUCUGGCAUGUGUUAUACUUACAGUUGUAGCAAAGGUGCUUUUGUGGGAGUUUCAUUGGAAGGGAACAUCGUUGCAACAAGAAUGGACACCAACCUGCGUUUCUACGGUGAUCCUUAUCUAACCACAGCUGAUAUUCUUCUUGGGACAGUGGACAGGCCGAAGGCUGCUGAGCCCUUGUAUGCUUGUCUUCGAGACCUUUUCUCCAAACUUAAGUGUUAGACGUCAGUUCACGCUGAAAUGAUAUCUGGUUGGAUCAUGACGUAAUUCCCAUUGUUACGUAUUUGUACAUUGCACGGUUCAAGGGGUUCAAAACAUGUGGCUUUCAGAGGACAAUUCAGUGUAUGUACCUAAAUCUGUCAUUCCUCCAUCAAUUCACUCAGUGGGAAUUCUAUACCUCUACUUGUAUAUAGACGCAGUGACAUUUGUUUUAGAAUGUAUAUAUUCUGUUUUCUUUAGGACUUCUCUCUCCGCUCAAGUGAUGCUGGAAAUUACCUUACACAACUGAAAUUGGUUUAUUAUUAAUUGCCAGCACAACUGAAAUUGGUUUAUUA